AUGCAAGCAGAUGUGGAUUUCCUGGAGACCUUGAGUAAUGUUACGCAAAGGCGCGCUAAGGCUGUUUCCGCAUUCAACUCAACGAAAUGCUUGUGGUCGACCACCAUCACUAACGAAGUCAAGCUGCAAGUCUACCUAUCCGCAAUUCGCCACAUCAUGAUGUACGCAUCGGAGACUUGGGCAGCAGCAUCUACGGUGAUGGAGAGGCUUGACUGCACGGAACGAAGGAUGCUUAGACGGCUGCUCGGCCACUUUUGGUCUGGGGUAUGCCACAAUGUAGACCUUUACGCAGAGAUUGAUGUGGUAUACCGGCGGAUGACUCGUGAAAGAUACCAACAUCUUGCACCGCCAUCGAAAGUGGCUAAAGUAAAUCGUCUUCGCCUCUUUGGUCAUAUAUUAAGGAGACCGGCAGAUCGCCUUGUUCAACGAGUUCAGAGGAGUUUGUCGGGUUCGAGUUGGAAGAAGCCACCUGGCCGAAACGGAAGUUUUGGACUGAGGUGGUGA